AUGGAAGUAGACAUCGAUUCUGGAUGUAAUUCUCCAGCGAAUAACUUUACCUUGAUAAACAGUUCUCUUUACGGAGGAAAGGUGCCAGUCCAAAUCUACACAUGUCCAGAAAAUGGAUUGCACUUGGCUUUGGUCAAAACGAGUUCUAAAACAGUCAACGUGGAUAUUACUUUAGGUAAAUAUUUUUUAGUAGGUAAUAAGUGGAGGAAUUGUUGUCGAUGGCACUUCAAGGAUAAUAUAAUGGAUAUUUUUAAACUAUUCUUGUAUUUUAAAAUUUUUUGUUUGGCUUUUUAUGAAAAGUUUUUUAAAAGUUGUUUCAAUAUUUCUAAAUAUAAAACAACAUUAUUAUAACUCAGUUUCUAAAUAUAAAACAACAUUAUUAUAACUGAGAGAGAAAAAAUAUUGUUUUAGCCACAGAACCCGGGCAUGGCGAUGGAGUAGCAUUAGCGACGGCUAAAAUGGCAUUGUUAGGAAAUCCCUUAACAUCAGCUGUGAAUUAUCUUGCUCAAACGGCAGCUCAUUGUUUCUGCACCGACAUUGAAGACAUUGUUAGCGUUGGGCAGGUAUUGUUAUUGUUUUAGUUCAAAUUUUGUGUUUUAGGUUUUUCAUGGAGAUGUUACUUGCUUGAAAGGAGAUUUUGGUUGUUUUGCUUUGAAUAACGGAGGUUUUUAAUUUGAAAUAAGUUUUAAAUUUUUUAAUUUAACUAAAACAAUAUUAUUUUAGACUCACACUUCAUUUACAUUUAAAAGUUUGAGCGAUUCGGCAUUUUUUCACUUUUUAACUACCUUAUACUCUUCACUGUUGACGGCACCAUUAACAACUACUAACUUCUUGAACGAGAUCUACAAGGUUUCUGAAUUUGCUCACGAAUCUGGUUGUUUAUACGAGGAAGCGCUGUGUAAUGAUACCAAGCUGGACAAACUUGUUGAUGAGAAGGUCACCAAGCUAUUGUUCAACAAUGCUACUAUGUUUAAAGAGAGUAUGUUCUCAUUAUGUUUGUUGUUAACUUUAAUCUAGAGUUUUUAUUAGGUAUACUACAUUCUGAUAACAGUAAUGUCAAUAAUAAUGUAGUUUUUUAAUAAUUUUACUAUUUUUGCAGCUCCCAAAGCUUCAUGCUCAUCUCUAAGGGCUUUCCUGUCACUGGAAGAUAUAAAAGCGUUCCAUCAGAAGUACUACAGGCCUUCAAACAUGUUCAUUACUGUUGUUGGUAACAUUAAUGACUACGACAUUCCAUUGUUCAAUAACUUGGGUUACUACAUGGACGCAAGUCCUAUUGAACGUCCAUUCUACAACUUGGAGAUACCGGCUUCUAUUUGUCAUUUUCAGAAUCUAACUAAAGUUGUAGGACUGUCAGCUACUGGUGAAUCUGUCGUUUCUAUUGGAUUUUUGGGUGGAAAUGCUAGGGUAAGGGUUAAAAUAUGGUUGAAAUGGCAAGGUUUUAAAUUAUUGGGUUUUAAAAUGACUUUUUUAAGUUUCUGAUAAGAAAAAAUUUGUUUAAAAUUUAAAAAUGUCCUUUUUUAUUUAAAAUUAAAUUUCAGGACCUGGGAUCAUUGAUGGCAGCCGAAUUGUUUGUCAACUAUCUCAACACACUCUCUGUUUUCAAAGACCAUUAUGUACCUGAAUUAGCAUCUCAUUGUGAAGCGAAGCUUACAGUUUUACCGAGAUGGCACAUUACUGUACGAUUCGAAGGAGUAAGAUCUGAAAACACCGACAAGAUUGCACAAGAGUGAGUUUAUUGAGUAGUAUGAGUGAGUACUGGUUGAUUUUUUGAGAUUCUAAAUUUAAAUUUUUAUUUUUAACUAGAAUUCGCAUAACAUUUAUCUUGAAUAUGAUAAAUUUGAUUUUCAGCUUGCUGUUUCUGUUCCGUGGCUUAUUAGUUUACGAGGGGGAGAUCAUCCAACAAUGCAUUCAACAAUCUCUACAAAAAUUGGAAACGGGCAUCAUUAACAACAACUUCCAUCAAGAUUUGUUCGAAAGAAUGCGACAGUUUCAACAAUUCUCGUUGUCAUUGGAAGAUUCUUUUGCUCUGAAACGAAUUCUGAAUCCGCAAAAGUUUUAUCACUAUUACAAGGGGAAUAUUCCGCUUUUUAAGGAUUUUGUUCAAAGAUAUCUUGUUGAUGAAUGUGUUGUUGUGGUGGGUCUGCCGAGCAACGCUAAUGAUAAAAGACAGGAUCCGUGCUUUCAGGUAGGGUUUUUACUGCUGCUACAAAUAUAACAAGCUAUUAUAGAAGGCUGUGCAUUUGUAGUAUCAGGCAAAUGAAGUUUAGAAGCUCUAUGUGCGGGUUGCAAAAAGGUCAUUUAAAGCUUUUCAAACGCUUUUUAGGCUUAUUUUUUGUUUAAAAUUUGUUGUAUUUUGAUCAAAAAUCUUAUGCAUGCAACCAUAAUUAAAUUGUAAUGAACUUAUAUUUAAAGGAUCAUGUUAAAAUGUCGUGUGAAAUGGAAAAGUUGGCCAACCAACAAGAGCUGUUUCAAGCCGCCAAAGAAGCUGAAGAAGAUCUUCUGGAGAAUCAGACCAAAACUGACGAUGGGAAUUUAACUCAGGUUAUCACAUUCCCCACUGAUCUGCCUUUCAAAUGCCCAAAGAUUCAUUUCUUCGAUUCAAUGGCAAAGAAACUACCGGGCGAAAUGGAAAAGUGGAAAUCUUUUUUGAAUUUCGAUAGAAUGCCAACGGUUUUUCAUGAAAUUUCUGAUUCUACCAGUGGCUUGGAGGUAGGGAAAUUUUCACGGAAAGUUUUUUAUAAGAUGUUGCUUAUAGUGUUUUAUAAGACAUUGCUAAUACAAUUUUUUUCAGACCUUCUUCACCAUAUCCUUGAGCAAAUUAAGCCUAGAUUCGAUGAGGUUGUUGCCACUUUUCAUCGAAUUGAUUGAUUAUUGUGGAAUUGCUGAGCAAAGAGAACGAAAGAUCGCUAGAAAGGUAAUGGAGGAGAAACUACAGGAGUUACAACAGUGGUCAAUUCAAAUCAACGAAGGAAGUGUGCUGGUGCUCAACUUUAAACCAAAGAACAACAAUUUGAACGCAGUGGCCAAAUGGUUCACUAGAGCACUUGUUCAUAGCGCUAUCGGCCAACGUGAGGUAAUUAAGAGUUGUUUUGCGUUACACUGCUUCUUUUGUGACAAGUUUUAUGUUUUGGUGGUGGUUAUUUUUAUUUAAAAUGGCAUAAAAAUGAUGUUAUAUUUAUAUUUAAAGUUGUUUUUAAAUUUUUGUUAUCUGGAUAUUCAGAAAUGUUGAAUUAAUGGUAUUUUCAGGUUAAAAAAUGCCUUAACAUCCUACUGUACAAAACGGUAUCACCAAAGAAUGAAAUAUCAAAACUAGCAAAGACAGCCAUCGAUUGUUGUCAUGUAGAUGCGGAAAGUGCAACAAGAAACACUGACAUGAUUUCAUUGGAAAGAUUUUACGCCAAUCUACAAAAUGAAUUCACAGAACGGCCGGAAGAGACACUAGAGCGAUUGGAGACGCUGAGAAAAGAUCUCAUUAACUGCAAUGUCAAUUUACAUAUCAUUGGAGCUGUGAAGGAAGUUCAGUUUGAUGAAAAACUGGAUUUUACUGCGUAUUUCAAGAGGAAGAGUAGUGAAGAUGCGGGUGUUUUGUUUACGGUAAGUUGUAUUGUGUUGAAUUUGAAGGUUUGUGUUGAUAUGGUUAUUAAAAGUGUUGUGGGCGGGGUGAUAUUGGAAUAGAGUUGUAUCUGGGAGAGAGGGAGGGGUUGAAAAAAUUACAUACGUGACAAUUUUAAACUCUUCAGGCCUUACCACUUGCCACUAAAUUCCACUGGAACCUCACGUCCGAGACUAAAGUCUUAUCACUAGACAAUCUACCCCCACGAUCUUCAUUAAUUGAACGUGUCCAUUACAAAACAGAAAGAUUCUCAGAUGUACAUGCUGCGAUCCUAACGUUAUGUGAGUAUAUGACAAUGGCCGGCGGAGUAUUGUGGACUACCUGCGUGAAGACAAGUCGGGCCAGAGUGAUAAACAUGGAAUAUUUUGUUGACAAACAGAUGAUCGAGCUGAGGAUGAGAGACUGUUACGAAUUGAGAGAGGCCAGAGAAGCGGUUUCUGAUUUGGUGGUGAGUUAAUUUUAGAAUUAUUGGUAUUAUCAAAGUGUUUUAGUACUGUAUUGGUAUUACGGCAAUUUUUUGAAUUUUUGGUACCGUUUUGAUUUUUUUGGUACUUUUUUGAUUUUUUGGUACAGUUUGCCUUUUAUCUCUACUUUAUUUGUGUAAUCUUCAGAAAUGGGUAUGCGAAGGAAAGAUGUUUGACCCGACGUUAUUUGAAGCCAGCAAGAAGGCCGCGGCUACGAAAAUUUUGCAAAAAUAUUACGAAAAAUACAACGAGGAACUGAUUCACAACUUUUUACGUGGCAUCAAGGAACACGAAGUCAUGUAGGUUUGACUAUUAUUCUAAUAGUUUAUGUAACUUAAUUUUAGUAUAAAAUUAAUCUUUUUUGUUACCUAAAAUAUAAAAUUUUAUUUUUUAAUGAUCUAAGUCAUUUGACGAAUAUUAUUUUCAGUGGAUUCGUAGCAAAAGUUGUAUCACUGGACUGGUCCAAAACGGUACGAUCAGGACUACAACCAAUGUACAAAGUUGUUAUGGCGGACAAUCUUCGAGUUGUCAUCUGCGCCGAAUGGAAUCUGAGUAACGAAGAUUGGACCUCGAGAGGAACGUUCCGAACAUCCGUAAGCAAACUGGAGCUUCCUCAAUUGUUAUGCUCAUGA